GAACGACCGCAGGACGCAUCGACAAGACCAUCUUCUAGUCCUGUAGUGAUUUACGCUCAGCCUUCAUUGGUCACCAUUUAGAUUGGGGUCACUGAGAUUGAAAAGGACACCCCUGGAGAGAACCGGGGAAAAUGAAGGGAGAAGGGGAAGGCUUUGAAUGAAGGUGGUCUCUUCCGUUCAGCAUCAGUGACCAGUGACUGCUGACCUUUAAAGUGAACUACAGAAACAACUGCCUUCUACUGCCUCACCAUGGGCUACCGGAAACCGCACUGGCCAGUGCCCCGAAAGAUUCUUGGCUGUUUUCCGUUUGAAUACGCUACCUUCGACAGGUUUGGCGCAGCCAUUUACUAUGGCCUAGUAGAAUAGAACUCGUAGGAACUCGAAGGUGACCAUCGUCAUCAUCAAGUGCUCACAAUAAUACUUCCAGGAGGACAUGAGAAGAAAUGCAAAGGAAGAGGAAAAAAGGGAGAGCAGAAGAAAUGAGAAGGAGACAUGAGGAAAAAACGAAUUCCUCAACUAAAUAGACCUCGUGCAGCCAGGCACUGCAAGAGCUGACCUGUUGUAGUGGUCUCAGCUGGUAGCUUCAGGGAGACGUCAGUCGGUAUUGAAACGCAUACAAGAAUUAAGGCUUGCAGUAAUUCAUCUGAAGCUGAAGCUUCCUACAGGUUUCUUUUGUUAAGGCAUCCCCUAUUAAUCCAUGCUUCUAUGCACGUUGGGCUGUAUCAUGCUAGACAAGGUCUGGAACAAGAUCGUA